CGUCAUGGCCGUGGACGUGGCGGAAUACCACCUGAGCGUCAUCAAGAGCCCCCCUGGCUGGGAGGUGGGCGUCUACGCUGCUGGGGCCCUGGCUCUUCUGGGAAUUGCAGCUGUGAGCCUGUGGAAGCUCUGGACGUCGGGGAGCUUCCCCAGCCCCUCCCCGUUCCCAAACUAUGACUACCGAUACCUGCAGCGGAAAUAUGGAGAGACCUACGCGGAGGCCAGACAGAAGAGGGCCCCUGCCUGGACCGGCCAGCGUGCCAGCGUGCGGGCACCCUCCAGCCGCAAAGCCAGCCUCAGCAUUGAGGACACCUUUGAGAGCAUCAGCGAGCUGGGGCCCCUGGAGCUGAUGGGCCGGGAGCUGGACCUGGCCCCCUAUGGGACCCUCCGCAAGUCGCAGUCAGCGGACUCCUUGAACUCCAUCUCCUCCGUGAGCAACACCUUCGGGCAGGACUUCACGCUGGGCCAGGUGGAGGUGAGCAUGGACUAUGACGCCGCCUCGCACACGCUCCACGUGGCCCUGCUGCAGGGCAAGGACCUCCUGGAGCGGGAGGAGGCCAGCUUCGAGUCCUGCUUCAUGCGCGUCAGCCUGCUGCCUGAUGAGCAGAUCGUGGGCAUCUCCCGGAUCCAGAGGAAUGCUUACUCUAUCUUCUUCGAUGAGAAGUUCUCCAUCCCCCUGGACCCUGACGCCCUGGAGGAGAAGAGCCUGCGGUUCUCGGUGUUCGGCAUCGAUGAAGACGAGCGCAACGUGAGCACCGGCGUGGUGGAGCUGAAGCUGUCCGUGCUGGACCUCCCGCUGCAGCCCUUCGGCGGCUGGCUCUACCUGCAGGACCAGAACAAGGCCGCUGAUGCCGUAGGCGAGAUCCUGCUGUCCCUCAGCUACCUGCCCACGGCCGAGCGCCUCACAGUGGUGGUGGUGAAGGCCAAGAACCUCAUCUGGACCAACAACAAGACCACAGCGGACCCCUUCGUCAAGGUGUACCUGCUGCAGGACGGGAGGAAGAUGAGCAAAAAGAAGACGGCUGUGAAGAGGGACGACCCGCACCCCGUGUUCAACGAGGCCAUGAUCUUCUCAGUGCCGGUGGCCCUGCUCCAGGACCUGUCUCUCCGCGUGACGGUGGCUGAGAGCAGCAGCGAUGGCCGUGGGGACAACGUGGGUCACGUCAUCAUUGGGCCAGCAGCCAGCGGCAUGGGCACCACGCACUGGAACCAGAUGCUGGCCACACUGCGCAGGCCUGUGUCCAUGUGGCACCCUGUGCGGCGAAACUAGCAGCCGGGCCGGGGCCAGAACGGGCAGCGGGGCCAGAUGCAAAUUCAGCUCUGUCCAGCGCCCUUCACCAUAAUCCACCUGGAGCCAGGAGCACUCGGUCCACCUGACAGGGUCCCCAAGAGCCAGUGUAGUCUUCUGUCCAGACUGCGAUGGAGGAGCUGGCCUGGGUGUCUGCCCAGGAACCCGGCUGUGGCUGGGAGGA